GCUUGGCACCUAAACGAGCGCCCUAUGAGUGGAUCGUCGACCUUAAACGCGCCGGGACACACGCUGGUCGCUGCCCACUGCCACCAAAAACUUGCUUUGCGUCUGGUGGAGCUUGCUAAAGACUGCAUACGAGCGGCCGCAGAAGUGCCCUUCAUCGCGACUACUGGAAUUGGAGCUAGCGUACACGGCCGACCAUCAUCAUGUCCGACGACGAAGUCGACCUGGAGCUGCUAGACCUCAUGCGGAAGCAUUGGGGCGGUGGUGCCAAAGACGAAGGUCCACCAGAAACAAAAGUCCUGGAAAAUGCCCAGUUCAUCUGCGAUAAUAGCAUGGACGUUGCUCUCGAUAUGCGAUCUACCAAAGUCGCCGCACAGCUUGUUUUUGACGAGAUGGAGAAGCGGAACUACACAACCAAGACCUGGUCGGAGCAUGAGCUACACCCCAAAGCAAAAGAUGAGAGCACUGUAAACUUCAUCUUCACCAUGGACCUCCUAAACUUUAGCUUCUGGAGCGAGAAGAACGAGGAGGAGCGCUUCGCGGUAGUGUACAAGGGAAAGAGAUGGACGGGAUAUUGGAGUCUGGUUGCAAUAUUACAACGAGCCUUGGAACAAGACAUCCCAAUCACUAGUCCAGCUUUCUGGGUUGACCAGGAACAAUGUUCAGACGAAGUCCUGCGAACCAUCUUCACUUCUGGUACCGACGAGGAGAUCCCCAUGUUCGAGCAGAGGGUGCGAUGCCUUAGAGAAGCUGGACAAAUUCUAGAGGAGGAAUUCGAUGGCAGUGUGAUCACACUCAUUGAAGACGCGAACAACUCUGCAGCCGGUCUCGUGAACCUACUCGCUGAAAAAUUCAAUUGCUUCAGGGAUGAAGGUAGAUUUGAGAAUAAGAAGGUGCGCUUUUUGAAGCGAGCCCAGAUCUUCGUUGCAGACCUAUGGGCUGCGUUCGACGGUGAGAGCUAUGGCGAGUUCGAUGACAUUGACAAGAUUACCAUCUUCGCAGAUUACCGCAUUCCUCAGAUGCUACAUUCAUUAGGCAUAAUCUGGUACUGCCCGCCUCUCGAGAAUAAGAUACGCCGUCAGGGGAUCAUCGAAUCUGGCCACUCUUGGGAGAUGCAGAUACGGGGUUGUAGCAUCUGGGCUGCAGAGCUCCUCCGUAGGGAGAUUCUGAAGCUUCAACCAAACGCCAAGGUCAACGCUAUUCUCAUCGACUUCUUCCUGUAUGACCUUGCGAAAGAGAAGGAGAAAGAAGAGGCAGAGGUGAUACCACAUCAUCGAACACGAAGCAUAUGGUAUUGAGUGCCGAAAGAACGGUGGUGGAACCGACAUAAAAUUAUACUUUCAGUCUCCACUAUGGCUGCCUGGUGAGAGCGUAGAUCAACAGUUGGUUAUCUUGUGUAGACAACAAAGGUGGGGGUGGCCUGGAGCGAUCCCUGCCUCGCGAUCUACACCUUCGCCACUUCCGGGUUUACGUCGUCUCUAAGACUCAGCACACAUCUUCUCAGUUGUCACAGAAAGGCAUGGCACCGUUUCGCCUUGCCAAUUGUCGUUAGAUACCCACGUAAAUGCUGGCCAUUCACGCUUCGCAGCCGCCUUCCCCAGGACCGUCUAUCCGGUAUUUGUAGACUUGUCGC